AUGAAACCUUCUUCACAUGGAGACGAAUACGUCAAUCGAAAGGGCUUUCCAUCUAUAAAUGUGCAGGCGACGUGUGACAACAGUGAAAUGUUUACGAGUGUUGAUGCUUCAUGGCCAGGGUCUGUACAUGACGCUAGGAUAUGGAGAAACUCCGAUGUCUAUCGUAUAUUGCGUGAGAACCAGUGCAACGCCCUAAUUUUAGGAGACGAAGGAUAUGGCAUUGCACCGUGGUUAAUGACACCAUUUCAAAAUCCCGAAACACCUGAUGAGAGGGCAUACAACAGACUUCACUCUAAGGAAAGGGUGAUAAUCGAAUGGUGCUUUGGGCAGGUGAAAAGGCGUUUCCCAAUUCUGCAAAAUAAAAUAAGGCUUGCCCAAACAAAAAUCCCCAGUGUGAUAAUAGCCUGUUUUGUUUUGCACAACGUAGCAAAACAUUUAGGGGAUGAGGAUUUUGAGGCACCUAGUGAUGACAACAAUCUUCCAGUACUGGGAGAAGAGGAAGCAGCAAACGUACGUGUACGUGGAACAAAUAGAAGACGGGAAAUUGUAAAUGUAAUACGACAACUUGAUGGUGAAGUUGAUGCAGCCACAGCUGUAGUGUAUGUUGUUGGUGCUGAUCUGGUUGUUGCUGGAUUACGUGUGGCUGGGCGUGUGCUUCAGGAUCCAUAUGCAAUGAUGACAGCAGUGGCAAUGGACUAG